AUGAGCAGCCUUACCUUUCUAGAUCUAUCACACAACUACUUCAGUCACUCAGUUCCAAGUUGCUUGGGAAACAUUGGUUAUAUAAAGGUGCUGAACUUAAGAAGGAACAAUUUCACAGGGAGUCUUCCACCAUUAUGUGCACAGAGCACUUCAUUGAGUACCAUUGCCUUGAAUGGUAAUCGUUUUGAAGGGACCCUCCCUGUGUCGUCGUUCAACUGUGUUGGUCUAGAAGUCCUUGAUUUAGGCAACAACACUAUAAAUGACACGUUUCUGGCUUGGCUAGGAACUCUUGAAGAGCUGCAAGUUCUUAUGUUAAAGUCGAACGAGUUCCCAUGGACCCAUAAUGGCUCACUGCCUACAGAAGUUCUCCGAAACUUCAAAGCAAUGAUCAAAUCAGAUGGCAUGAACAAAGGGAAGAUCAAGCAUAUGGGACCAGAUGUUGAAGGUCUCACAGGUGAUAUUCCAAUGGAACUGGGGAAACUGAAUGUUCUUGAAGCAUUAGAUCUCUCCUGGAAUCGGCUCACAGGAAAGAUUCCGACAGAACUGAGAAGACUCAAAUUUCUAGCAGUCUUAAACCUCUCUCGGAAUCUUCUUGUUGGACCAAUUCCCCGAGGUCUACAAUUCAACACAUUUGAAAAUGACUCUUAUGGUGGCAACCUUGAUUUAUGUGGUCCUCCUCUAUCAAAGCAAUGUGGAACGAGUGACUCAUCACAUCUUCCACAUCCAUUGGAGUCCGAAGAAGAAGGUGAGUCAUAUUUCUUUAGUGGAUUCACCUGGGAAUCAGUCGUCAUAGGCUACGGUUUUGGACUAGUUGUUGGAACUGUUGCGUGGAACCUCAUGUUUAAAGCUCGUAAACCAAAAUGGCUUGUGGAAUUUUUCGAAGGCAUUUUCCCCAAGGAAAUGAGAAGGCCAAAGAAGAGAAAUCACAGACGAAGGACAUAA